GUAGACACUCUUGACUUCAUCCACAGCUGUCAUCCUCAGGCAAAACAUCAAUUUCCUUCAUCCUGCAGCAACGGGAGACAAUUCAGUCUGCUGUCCUAGAGAAGAAUGGGUUCCAGCCCCUGCUUAAAAGGCCUCCUUCUUUUUUUAUUGCUGCAAAUAAGUUUGCUCCUGUAUGUACAGGGGCAAACUUUAAACUCUACUUCAGGGGAUAUUUCAAUGAAUGUAAAUCUGCUUAAUGACACUUGGAACAUAUCAGACAAUUCAACUCUAAGAGAAAACAAUACAGCAGGUUCAAACAGAACAAAUAGCACAAACACUGCAACAUUAUCCUGUCGAAUUUCCAAAUGUAAUUCCUCAUCAUGCUACAGUACAUUUAUGAGUACAAACGCCACCUUCUGCUCAGCCACUGCCAAAUAUUGUGAGUUGAGGAAAGAAGAUUAUAUGGGGUAUUCUGUGAACUGCGCUACUACCUGCUCCGCUUCCUGCACCAACGCCUCUCAGACAAACUGCUCUGCUGGGUGCUGUAGCUCCGAGACCUGCCUCAUCUCUACUCUCGCCACCCUGGCCAACUCCUCCAUCGUGACAAAGGCUCCUACAACAGCGUACACCACUCCAACUACUACAGUGACCACAACUUCAACAGUCACUGCUGCAAACAAUGGAAAGAAGUGCCAUAAGAUUAGCUGUAAUGGAGACAGUUGUUAUCAAGGCAAAACAGAUGUGAUGCUGUGUGCUCCUUCUCAGAACUACUGUAUGCUGAAAAAGACAACAACUGGGACAGUAGCGUCAUGGACAGCAGGAUGCAUCGAGGACUGUAGCAAGGAGACAGUCUGCACAUCCUCAACUACUAACUGCUGCUUAGAAUGUUGCAAUGCUACCGCCAUGGCAUCCUGCCUAAAGUUGACAGGCCAAGUGAACAUGCCCAACUCUGUCAGCAGGGGGCCUUACUCACCCAUGCUUCUGAUGGCCUCUUUGCUACUCCUUUGGUUACUAAGCAUGACAGCACUAGCAUAAUACACUUCUGUCAUUUGGUAAAUUCAGCUCAGCAUCAGUGGUAGAUCACUGCAAGAAACACUUUCUUCUAUUCAUGGGAAUAUGGCUGCAUCAGUGCAUGUUUGUGUGUGAAUGUUUGUAUCUGUGUGUGUGCGUGAGAGCAGAUGCAAGAAAGAAUGUGUGUUAGCUAUGUAACUAUGUCAGACGGCGCUUCUUCAUGUAUCUAUAGAAAGGUGUGUGUGUGUGUGUG